AUGUCCCGGUCGGACCGAGCCCCUGACGCAGGCUCCCGAUUCCCCUGGGCUGCUGCCCAGUCGGACAUCCCCCCGGCCACCCUGGCACCCGCCACCCUGGCCCCAGGCAGCCUCGCCACGCGCCCUGUGACGGACCAGCAGGCAGAAGCCCGCGCCUUCCUCAGCGAGGAGAUGAUUGCGGAGUUCAAAGCCGCCUUUGACAUGUUUGAUGCUGAUGGCGGUGGAGACAUCAGCACCAAGGAGUUGGGGACAGUGAUGAGGAUGCUGGGCCAGAACCCCACCAAAGAAGAGUUGGAUGCCAUCAUUGAAGAGGUGGACGAGGAUGGCAGCGGUACCAUCGACUUCGAGGAGUUCUUGGUGAUGAUGGUGCGCCAGAUGAAAGAGGAUGCCAAGGGCAAGUCUGAGGAGGAGUUGGCCAACUGCUUCCGCAUCUUCGACCGGAAUGCAGAUGGGUUCAUUGACAUUGAGGAGCUGGGUGAGAUCCUGAGGGCCACCGGGGAGCCCGUCACCGAUGAGGACAUAGAGGACAUGAUGAAGGACUCAGACAAGAACAACGACGGCCGCAUCGACUUUGAUGAGUUCCUGAAGAUGAUGGAGGGUGUGCAGUAA